UUUUGACACUCUGUCAAUGCAAAUGUAUUUGGAUGUUUUUGUGCUGUGUUUUGUCUAAAUAAACGAAAAUAUGCCAAUUUGACUGUAAAUUAAAUUAAAUAAAAUUAUUGCACGAUGUAUUUUCCGCACGGUUGGCCUAAAAUUCUUGAUACCCAGAGUCUGGGCGAUCAGAUAAUUCGCAAAAUUUGUUGUGAUCGUGUCAAAAUUUUGUUUACUGUAUUGACUGACGAUUCCAUUUCUAUUUGGUUUACGAAACCUUGUGUGCCGAUUGUAUCAAACAGAAGAACGCAAAAGUCACUCGAAAAAAGUGGCACAAACGUUUUGGUGGAAUGGAAACCCGACUCAAAUAUGUUGGUGGUUGUGACGACCGACGGAACAUUGUUGCUGUAUUCGUUGAGUGUUUUGGACAGUUCUAAGGGAAUCUACAACCAGAUCGAUCCUCCGUUCCAAAACCUACGUCGCGACAGUGCCGAACUUUUUGUGAAGGAGGCGAUUCCCGCUCUAAUGCUAAAUUUGACGUUCGAGAUUCCGUUGUACGUGCCGGUGACAUGUAUCUCUUGCAUCAGUGUAUCACAGAUGAUGGUCGCUACAAAAAGUGGCAAAGUUCUUCGGAUUCGAUGGGAUGGGGUGGAAGAAAGGGAUUUUUCGUUGGAUCUAAAACGCAUUCCAUUUAGCAUUAAUCAACAAGUCAGCUAUGCCGUUCCGAUAACGGAAGACAACACCUACAUCACAUCGAUGGAUUAUUCGCCAUUGAUUGGUGGCUUUUCAAUUACUUUGAACGAUGGCCGGGCAGCUUAUUUGACUGCUAGCAAUUUAAAAUUUGAUCCAAAUCAAGUGCAAGGAAUCUGGGCUCAAAAUCUGGAUGAUGCGACAUGCGGCUGUAUCAAUCACAAAUAUCGUCUUAUAGCGUUCGGCCGAAAAAACGCUCAGGCGGCUGUGUACACCAUUGACGACGUGACUGGUGGUCUAGAAAUUUCGCAUAAAAUGAUUCUAAGUGCCAAAGACUUUCCCGGAUCUCCCGGCUACGUCAGAGAAAUGAAAUGGACUCCGGAUGGCUGUGCUGUUGCGGUCGCAUGGAGCAAAGGCGGCAUAUCGUUGUGGAGCACAUUCGGCACGAUGUUGAUGUGCUCGCUCGGUUGGGAUUACGGAUUGCAUGUUGAUUUGAGCAACAAGAACCCAUUCGACAUAAAUUGCAUGGACUGGUCAACGGAGGGCUAUCAACUUUUGAUGUUGCGACAGCAGAAAAUCUAUCCCAAGGACCAUUCGAAAACGCCAAAUCGAAGUCCGGAAAAUGAUGCGACAAAGCAUCAGAAACCAGUCUUGACUCACUCGUAUUCCAAUGCGUCGGACAAAAGUGAAUCCUCCAGCGAACAGUACAAAAUCAAGUCUACUUUGGUUCAGUUGGACUUCGUCAAAAGCAGUUUUGCUGUUAAUCCGUGCAUGAGUUCCCAUUCGCAUUUAUUUCUGCAAGGCGACGAUAAGCUCUACAUCAAUCAAGGCGACAGUUUGCAGAAGAUUUACCACAACUGCAUCGAUGGCAAUGAUCCAUCUUUCUAUUCUGCAAACACUCAAGGAAAUAUGUUCUCUCAGUCUUACAACAUUCGCACCAACACUUACAUGUCCGGGGACUAUGUCUCAGUGGCUAAUGAAGACCCACUAUCGUCUCUCGGCGACUAUGAGGUUAGCGACUCACUUCAAGUCACAAGCAUGCUAUCAGAAAGCAAGCACUGGAUAGUUUUGCAACUCCCAAUUGCCUAUUUAGCAACGAAUUGGCCCAUUAGGUACAGUGCAAUCGACGCUAGUGGUAUGAAUAUUGCGGUCGCUGGUCGAACUGGUCUGGCCAUGUAUUCGAUGGCAUUGAGAAAAUGGAAAUUAUUUGGCAAUGAAACGCAAGAGAAAGACUUCAUUGUGACCGGUGGAAUACUGUGGUGGGACGAUUUCGUCAUUAUGGGUUGUUACAGCUUGAUACAGCAGAGCGACGAGUUGCGAUUGUAUCCGAAAGAAUGCAAAUUGGACAAUCGUUUUGCGCGGGUUAUUUUAAUGGGUGCACCGGUUAUGCUUAUAAACUUGUUUAAGGAUCAGUUGGUUGUUUUUACUGCGGAUGGAUAUGUGACGAUAUUUGCAAUGACAAAAUAUGAUGCACAAAACGUGGACCUGGUAAAACUUCACAUAUACGAUAUUCGUGGACUGUGCAUUCAUCCGGCCUGCAUCAUAUCAGUUACUAUGACAAAUUUGAAAAAUGAGAGUGGAUCCAGAGCGAGUCAAGGUAAUAUUUUGCAACCGGAAACAAUUGUGCUGAAUGUUUCGGGACGCGUGCUGAUGGUCAAUCGGGAAAUCAACGGAAACGCAUCCGAACAAUUGUCUUCAACGUGCUUGGCCUCUUGCGUCGAAUGUCUUUGGUUGUCCAAUUCGGACAAAUUACAUUUACGAGAAUCGUUGUGGUUGUAUUGUGGUGGACAUGGCAUGCGUGUUUGGCUACCGGUAUUCCCCAGAGAAGGCGAAAGCGGUCACGGAAGUCAUCGCCACACAUUUAUGUCAAAACGAAUAAUGUUGUCGUUUACGUUGCGUGUUUAUCCGCUAGCAAUUUUGUUUGAGGAUGCAAUCAUAUUGGGUGUUGAAAACGACACCGUAUUGUACACCAGCGAUUCCAGUUUGCAUUUUUCGUUACCAUUUUGCUUUCUGGAACGAACGAGCCAGGUCUAUCUGCAUCAAAUAUUGCGUCAAUUGAUUCGUCGUAACCUUGGCUACAAUGCGUGGGAGAUUGCACGGAGCUGUACAAAUCUCCCAUAUUUUCCGCAUUCCUUGGAAUUAUUAUUGCAUGAAGUACUGGAGGAGGAGGCAACCAGCAAAGAACCGAUCCCAGACGCAUUGCUUCCCAGUGUUUUAGAAUUCAUUCAAGAGUUUCCAGUGUAUUUACAAACCGUUGUACAGUGUGCCCGCAAGACCGAGAUAGCAUUAUGGCCGUAUUUAUUUGCAACAGCUGGUAAACCUAAAGAGCUGUUCCAACAGUGCUUAGCAACGAAACAAUUGGAAACGGCCGCCAGUUACUUAAUUAUUCUUCAGAAUUUAGAACCAUCGUCCGUUAGUCGGCAGUAUGCCACCAUUUUACUGGAGACUGCAUUGGAGCAGAAAAUGUGGGAUCUAGCCAAGGAUUUAGUCAGAUUUUUGCGUGCAAUCGAUCCAAAUGACGUUGAAUCGCCACGAACAUCGUUCGUAAUGGGCAACAAAUUAGGUUUGACUCAGCAAGCGUCACCCGUCAGUCCGAAUGCGGAAGAUAUUAGCCUAAUACUGGGUACUAUGACACGUGGCCGCAGUUUUUCCACCACAACGAAUCCCAAACCGACCGACAUCAACCCGAGCCUGGGUAGCAAAGAAAAGAGUCCCGGUCCGAAUGUCGACACCAGCACGGUGGUAAUGCGACGGAAAAAGAGCAUGCCGAAUACGCAACGAGAAAAGGAUUCGUCGACGGCUGAAGAAUUUUUCAUCGAAGUUAUAAUUCAGCGACACGCUCGACGUCUUCUGCAAGAGAAGAAAUUGGAGGCUCUUGGUUAUAUGAGUGCUGCGUUGGACUUUCAUUUGGUUGGAUGGUUAGCUCGUGAGAAAGACAGAGCGGCAAGAAUCGAAGAUUUUGUGGCUACACUGAAACAGCUUCAUGACGACUUGGAAUGGCCGAAACCGAGUCUCGAGUUGAAAUUAAAUCGGAGGGGAAGUGAAAAAUCUCAGCAAGAAUCACCCAGCUAUUCCGUGCAAUCACUUCGAAUCGAAGCCAAUUUGGGAACCGGUGAUUCGGGGUACACCAGCCUGCCAGCAAAUUCCUAUUUCGAAAAUCCCGUUCCAAGCGAGCAAAGUGUUAACAGUUUCUUCUCAACGCCAGACAAUCCCAGCACUGAACCAGUAUUUGUUUACAAUCCGGAUCUAUCGAAUCUGGCAUUGCAGAACAUGAAUUUGAUCAAAUUCAACGAAUUGUGCAAAAUCAGUGAAGAGGGAGACACACUCCCACCGAAUGCCAAAUAUACUCAACCGUCCAGUAAAUUAGCGAUGAAAUCUAGAACUGAUUCGUACAAGAAGGAGCAUUUUGUUACAUUGAACGAAACCGAAGCGAAACUACCGUCUAUUGACACCACCAGUGUUGUGUCCGAACAAACGUCGACGAGCCUGUGGGGCGACGAUAAUGCAACGUUUUUAAGCCAAGACGAUCAGCAAUACAGUCGAGCUGUUGAAACGUUAGCUAUUCAAAAUACUCGACAGUUGAGUCAAAAAUUGGAGGUGAAAAUUCGCUAUCUACUGCAAAUAUUCACCGAAGCCAAUUGCCUGGAUCUGGCUCUGCUGUUGUCAAUUUUAUUAUUGGAUGCAGCAUCGGUCAGCCGUAUCACUAAUUCGGCUAUACGAUCCGGCUCGUUGGCCAUUUGCCGUCAACUGCGCAAUGGUCUGAAAGACAUAACCAGAUGGAGUUUUCAGGAAUGCCUGGGGUAUCGUCCAUUUAUGAUGGUGCUGCAACAACAAGUAAAUCUCUUAGAUAGAUUUGUAAUUAAACAGGAAUCGAUACCGAAUUUCGUUCCAACAUCGGCUUGCAAACAGAAUCCAAUACCCAGUACAGUCAUAGCCAAUGACAAUUUAGAGCAAUACUCGAAAAAUACUCAAGUGCUAAACUCAACAUCAGCAAUAAACGAACCACACAAAAUUGAGAGCAAUAAAAUGAACGAAGUUACUGGUAGCAAAUUGAUGAAAUCCCUAUCGGACACGAACAUUCUGAGCGAAACGAAAACUAAUUCAAUUAAACCGAUAAUCAGUAGCGAUGCAUCGUCGCUGACUGAAAUCGAUGAACCAGGGGAGACUUCUAGCGGUUGUUCAAUUAUGUAAACGUAGUACCUAGGGCAAAUUUUGUCUCCGUUUUUCUUUUUCUACAAUUUUAGAUAUCGUUCCAGUUUGACUCUGAAUUAUUUUUUGGUUGUUGAUUUUAGUUCUCCUUCUGGGAGAACAUAAAUUUGUAAAAAAUUGAAUCUAAUUAGCGUUUAUCGUUACUACACUGACCGGUCAUACACAAAAUCAAUUACGUUUCGAUUGGAAGUUUUUUUUUUAUUUAUUGUUAGCAAAAGAUUUAGUUGGAGACGUGUAAUGCAGUCGACGAUAUUCUGUGUGGAAUAGCAAAUUCUACUUACAAAUCCAUUCGUUUAACAGUUACACUAAUAACGGUAGGUACUGCAACGCGGUCAUAUUAUAAUAAUAGUUAAUGAUAUUUUGAACGUUAUGUUUAUGAAAAUCAGUUAAUAUUUACCUUUGCAAAAGUUAUUUUGUUAAUGAGAAAUUAUAUACACUCAUCCGUCAAAAAA